AUGGGUUCCAGCACGAGGAAAAAGAACCAAAAGGCCAAGGACUUUGCGAAACCAAAGUUCAAGGUUGGCAAGACCAAGGCCAAGCCGGCCAACUUCACAGACACCAGCUUCAAGGCUAAGUCCAUUGUGAUGGGCCAGCAGUCCCUCGCAGAAGAAGCCCCUGACGUCGGAACACAAUUCAAACACCACCUCUCCCUCGCAUCAACCUCAAGAUCAGACAAGGUGCGCAAAGAAGCGCUGGCACAUCUCACGAGCCAGGUGGGCUUUGGCAACAACCCCGUCGGCACCGCGACCAUUCUCGGCAAACUCCUGCCCCUCAUCUCUGACGCCUCUGGUCCCGUCCGCAGCCAACUACUCAAGCUCUUCCGUGAACUCCCAGAAACCGAAGUCAGGCAUCACGCCGAGAAGUGCAUCAUGUACAUUCGCGCCGGCAUGACGCAUCUUUCUGCCGACAUCAGCAACGAUUCCCUGUCAGUAUUGGAGUGGCUUCUUGAUGUUGCGGAGGACGAGACCGUCAGCUGUCCCGGCGGCUGGGUUAAGACGCUCAACAGCUUCUGCGCGCUGAUGGGAUGGUCCGUAAAGUCGAGUACCGGGUGGACGAGUGCGCCAAAGACCGGCCUUAGAUCCAAAGACUCGCAAUCGCACGCAAGGCAAGUUGGAGUGCUGGGGAGGUUUCUCAAGGCAGGGCUCAAGCCAGAGGUUGCGGCGCCGAGUAACCCGAACGCCCUCUACGACAACAUGUACCGCAUCCCACGGGCACCAAAUCCAUUUGCGUAUCUCAACCUAUUCGGGACUCGCAGAGACGAAGAGGCGGAGAUGUACAACGAUCGCGAGUCUCGACAGCGUGUUUUUCAUAAGAGGUUCUCGGAAUCCUUCAGCCGCGGUAUUGAGCAGGCAAAGAAGGAGGGCGGUGCGAGUGGUCGAUCUGCCAUCACUUUAGAGAAAUCAUUGAAGGAGGAUAUGGAGGGAUAUGAGCCUACUUCCGCCGUUGACCCUCAGGAUUUGCUGGAUUUAUGCCGGAAGGAUCUCGUCCAGUCUUGCCUGUGGUCAUCAGAUCAGUCGCCCUUCACCGCGUUCUUGACCAGCACUCGACCUUGCAACUCCAUCGCCAUGUCUUUCUCCGUCGGUGAGAUGGAGGCGGCGCUGCCUGCUGCCUCUGAGAAGCCUGUCGCCCUUGACGCUGAGGGUAAGGAGUGGUCUAAGCCCGAGACGUACAACUACGAGGAGAUGGCCCAGUCAGGCCCGAUCGAGAACGGAAACUGGGAGGGCAAUGCUGCCAUCUACGAGUGGGACGAGGAGUACGGUGAGGUCGGUCCUCAGCACCCCGAGCUUGAGCUCAUGCUCUUUGGUGACCCGGCCACUCGCCGUGACCACUCCGGCCUUGACUUCACCGCCAUCUCCGAAGUUGAGGUUCACCAGGAGGGCGAAAUUCGCGUCAACCCCAUCGCUUCCUACAAGGAUGGCGGUCUUCACCCAGUCAUGCUCGAGAACAUUAACCUGUGUGGCUACGACGCUCCCACUCCUAUUCAGAAGUACACGAUCCCGGCCAUCCACAAGGGCCUUGAUGUCGUUGCCGUCGCGCAGACUGGCUCUGGCAAGACCGCCGCCUACUUAGUCCCGAUCCUCAACAAGCUCAUGGGCAAGGCGAAGAAGCUGGCCGCUCCGCGUCCCAACCCUGCCUCGGUUCAGUUGGGCGAGGCUUCCGUUCGCGCCGAGCCCUUGGUUGUCGUGGUCUGCCCUACUCGUGAGCUUGCCAUUCAGAUCUUCAACGAGGCCCGCAAGCUGUGCUACCGCACCAUGCUUCGUCCUUGCGUCGCUUACGGCGGUGGUCCCAUUCGUGACCAGAUUCAGCAGCUUGGAAAGGGCUGCGACGUCCUCAUCGCGUCUCCUGGUCGCCUUUGCGACUUCAUCCAGCGCCCCGACGUCCUUUCUCUGCGCCGUCUGCGCUACAUGGUCUUCGACGAGGCCGAUGAGAUGCUUCACGAUGACUGGCGUGAGGAGUUCGACGUCAUCAUGACCGGUGGUGAGCAGCAGGAGGGAAACAUCAAGUAUAUGCUGUUCUCCGCCACCUUCCCCAAGGCUCUUCGUGACCUUGCGAAGGAGCAUCUCAGCACCUCCUCCAGUGUCCGCAUCAGCGUUGGUCGUAUCGGCAGCACUCACACCAACAUUCUUCAGCGCGUGAUCGAGGUCGCUCCUUUCGACAAAAAGUCGAAGCUCAAGGAGCAGAUUGAGUCUCUCGCCGCCUGCCGCACCAUCAUCUUCGUGAACAGCAAGCGUACCGCUGACGAGCUUGACGACUACCUCUUCAACAUGGGCUUCCCGUGCACCUCCAUGCACAGCGACCGUACCCAGCUGGAGCGUGAGGCUUCUAUGCGUGCAUUCCGUGCGGGCAAGGCUCCCAUUCUCAUCGCCACUGGCAUCAGCGCUCGUGGAAUUGACGUGAAGAAUGUCAAGCAUGUCAUCAACUACGACCUGCCUAGCAUGGACCACGGUGGCAUCGAGGAGUAUACCCACCGCAUCGGUCGCACUGGUCGCAUGGGUCAGCGUGGCAUUGCUACAUCCUUCUACACUGAGCGUGAUGAGCCCAUUGCCAGCGUUCUGGUCCGUACCCUCAUGGAGACCAAGCAGGACAUUCCCGAGUUCCUGGAGCCUUUCAAGCCCACUGGCAAGGGUCUUGAGAACCUGAAGUUCGAGACCGAGUCGGACUUUGACCCUGAGGAGGCUGGCAUUGCUCACCUCGGUGGUGGCGGCUGGGGUGGCGACGACGCUGGUGGUGACGCUGGCGGUGGCUGGGGUGGUGAUGCUGGCGGCGAUGCUGGCGGUGAUGCUGGCGGCUGGGGUGGCGGCGGCGAUGAUGCUGGCGGUAACCAGACGACCGAGGCUCCCGCCUGGGGUGCGUCUGCAGGUGGCGAUGGCUGGUGA